UGAGGACUUCCGAUGUGGAGCUACAGUCGAUCUCAUACAGUAUGUAGCUGCUGCAGACGACACAUCACAUGGAUACUGUAUGUGGACUCUGGUAAAGGGAGAAGCUGGAACUAUCAUAACCCUGCUAAAAAAAGAGCCAGCUACCAUUGAGGAGCCAUGGCCUCAUUUGGACAGAUAAUCUUGUGGGGCUUGAUAGUCAGUAUCUUCGUAACUGCUGGACUCAUCAUUCUCAUCUUGUCUGUGUCAUUUUCAGGUCAGGGCUUGGGGGGUUCCAAGGGCACUGUGGAUAGCAUUGACAAGUGGCCCAUCGGGUACUUGGGAGAGGAUGUCAUCUUGAGCUGCAAGUUCAAGACUUCCACUAACAGCAGGGAAUCGACCAGUCAGGUGUCAAUCACCUGGACGAAGGAGGGGCUAAGUGAAGUGGUGUACAAGUAUGAUAAAGGAGCAGUCCAGCUGACGGAGCAAAACCCCCAGUUUAAAAAUAGAACCCUGCUGUUCUCAGAUGCCAUAGGUGGAGGCAAUGCCUCCCUGUUGCUGAGGGACGUAAAAGUGGGAGACAAUGGGAUGUACUACUGCAGUGUGAGCACUCCUAGUUGCUCGGGAACUGCCAGUGUUAACCUCAGAGCUGCAGCUUUCUCAGCCCCCAAAUUCAAGCGGGUAAACACUACCCUAACGGCAGAGGCAGAGAGAUGGUUCCCCAAACCAAACAUCACCUGGUUGGACGUCAAUGACAACGUCCUGAACGAGAGUGAAACUAGCUUCUUCAACAACUCCGCCGGGAUAACUCGAUUCAUCAGCUCCCUUCAGCCAAUCAAAUUGUAUGGCAGCUACAUCUGCAUCAUCCAAAACCCUCUGGUGAAGGCUAUCUCACAGGCAACCAUCAAAGAUACAGAGAUAUCAGCAAAGACUUUCUUCUCCUUCAAUACUUCAGCUGCACCACCCAUACUACUACCUCAAUGGCACGUUCUCGCAGCUACGGCCAGUGUUUUUCUCUGGAUCUACCAGCUAACCUGAUAAACACAUUGACACCAACUGCUCCUCAUAGCCUACAGUCAAGGUUACUAAAAGUACUGUGGUAAAGUGAACUAGUCUAGUACUAUCCACUAGCCUUGGGCUGUCUGGAGUCUGAUGGAAUUUAUGUUGGAUAUAACAAGUGGAGAUACAGUGUGUGUGCAUGCGUGCGUAGCUAUGGGUUAUCUAAUAAGUGGUGAAAUUAUAGUUACGUACAGCAGCAAUACUGUAAUUACAUAAUAAUAACAAUUACUUUUUGUUUCUAUGGGAUUCACUGUGGCAAUCAGUCUACUGGGCUAUCAGUGUAACACGUGAAUCUAUAGGUCUAUAGUUUCCUUUUUUACAAUAAAAUAAAUUGCUUGAG